GAUCCGGUGUGGCGAGGCGGGAAUGCGCGGCGGCGGGAUCUAGUGGGGGCGGCGGCGAGGAUCGGCGGCAAUGGCGGCGCCGCGGUGGGCGUUGUGGGCGCUGCUGCUGCUGCCGCUGCUCCACCCGGCCACGCGCGUGCUCGCCAACACGGAAGGUGAUGCCUUGCAUAACUUAAGAACUAACUUAAAUGAUCCUAAUAAUGUGCUACAAAGUUGGGAUCCAACUCUGGUCAAUCCAUGCACUUGGUUUCAUGUUACGUGCAACAACGACAACAGCGUUAUCAGAGUUGAUCUUGGAAAUGCUGCAUUGUCCGGUACUUUGGUGCCACAACUUGGCCAGCUCAAAAACUUGCAGUACCUGGAGCUUUAUAGUAAUAACAUCAGCGGCACAAUACCUAGCGAACUCGGAAACCUCACAAACUUGGUCAGUUUGGAUUUGUACUUAAACAACUUCACUGGUCCAAUACCUGAUUCAUUGGGGAACCUAUUGAAGCUACGAUUCCUACGUCUUAACAACAACAGCCUUUCCGGUACAAUUCCCAAAUCAUUAACUGCUAUUACUGCUCUGCAAGUCCUGGAUCUAUCAAACAACAAAUUGUCAGGAGAAGUUCCAUCAACCGGUUCUUUUUCAUCAUUCACCCCUAUCAGUUUCGGCAACAACCCUGCCUUAUGCGGUCCUGGCACCUCAAAACCUUGCCCUGGCGCUCCCCCUUUCUCUCCGCCUCCUCCAUAUAAUCCUCCAACUCCUGUGCAAUCACCAGGAAGUAGUUCCUCUAGUACUGGAGCAAUUGCUGGUGGAGUGGCUGCUGGUGCAGCCUUGCUAUUUGCUGUUCCUGCAAUUGGUUUUGCAUAUUGGCGCCGCAGGAAACCGGAAGAGCAUUUCUUUGAUGUACCUGCUGAGGAGGAUCCAGAGGUACAUCUUGGCCAGCUUAAAAGAUUUUCACUACGAGAACUACAAGUUGCGACAGAUACCUUCAGCAAUAAGAACAUUCUUGGAAGAGGUGGAUUUGGCAAAGUCUACAAAGGAAGACUAACAGAUGGUACGCUAGUAGCUGUCAAGAGACUGAAGGAGGAGAGAACACCUGGUGGUGAGCUGCAGUUUCAAACAGAGGUUGAAAUGAUUAGUAUGGCUGUGCAUAGAAACCUAUUGCGUCUUCGUGGUUUCUGUAUGACACCAACAGAGAGGUUACUUGUCUAUCCAUACAUGGCUAAUGGAAGUGUUGCAUCACGUUUAAGAGAACGGGGACCAUCUGAGCCGCCACUGGAUUGGCAGACGAGAAGAAGAAUUGCAUUAGGUUCUGCUAGGGGCCUGUCCUAUUUACAUGAUCACUGUGAUCCAAAGAUCAUACAUCGUGAUGUCAAAGCUGCAAAUAUUUUAUUAGAUGAAGACUUUGAAGCUGUUGUGGGAGAUUUUGGUUUGGCCAAACUAAUGGAUUACAAGGAUACUCAUGUAACAACAGCUGUGCGUGGAACAAUUGGGCAUAUUGCACCAGAAUAUCUUUCAACAGGAAAAUCCUCUGAGAAAACUGAUGUAUUUGGUUAUGGAAUUAUGCUUUUGGAGCUUAUUACAGGACAGCGUGCCUUUGACCUUGCCCGUCUUGCCAAUGAUGAUGAUGUCAUGCUACUUGACUGGGUCAAAGGAUUACUCAAGGAGCGAAGGCUGGAGAUGUUGGUAGAUCCAGAUCUACAGGAAGCGUACAUCGAUGUCGAGGUGGAAUCGCUGAUCCAGGUUGCACUCCUUUGCACACAGGGCUCCCCCACGGAACGCCCUAAGAUGUCGGAGGUGGUGAGGAUGCUCGAAGGAGAUGGUCUCGCCGAGAGAUGGGAGGAGUGGCAAAAGGUAGAGGUAGUGCGGCAGGAGGUAGAACUUGGACCUCAUCGAAACUCAGAGUGGAUCGUGGACUCGACUGACAACCUGCAUGCGGUUGAGCUAUCUGGGCCAAGGUGAUGAUGGCUGCUGUCAAUUAAUUAUUGUAUUUUGUAAGAGUAAGAUCAUGCCUAACGACCAUCUUAGUGGCAUCCCCCAUUUGUUCAUAUCAACCCAUGGGGGAAAAUGUGUCAGCCACAAUAUGUUUGGAUGUAUAAUGUUUGGUUACCUCCCUGAUGCUCUUCGAAGUUGGAGCCAGUGUACUGAGCAGUUGCUGCACCAAAGGUACCUUUAUGCCCAAUUAGCAAGGGUAGGGGGGAAGGUGCUGAUUGGCUGGGUCUCUGUUGAUUGCACUGACAAUUGACAUCUAACUAUUUUGUACCCCCAAAUGUAAGGAUGCAAGAACUUGCAAAAUCAUUAUGUAUGUAUAUCUCUCUCCCUCCUUUGGAAUGUUCAUAUGGCACUAGUUUAUCUGUGCUUUUACUC